GGCAGCACCGAAAAGCAGCUGUUAUGACGAAAAGCCAACUCAGCUAAUGUGAAGAAAUUUUUUAUACACAAAAAAGUUUUGCACACAAACCAAACUACAAUUAGGGCCGCGGAUUAGUCUAAUUAAAUUGUAAGCAGUGCAGAAAUAAAAAACAAUGCAAAAUGCGGCCAACAAACGCAAAUGCCCCAACCAAGACGCUGUGGAGUGACUUGCCCGUCUACUUGGCCAUCGCCUUAACACUUUCCCUUUCAAGUCUUCCAACGACGUGGGCUUUGUCCGACAAAAGACUGUGCGCUGACGAAAAAUGUGAACAGAUCAUCUCAUUAGGUAGUGCUAAGAUCAAUUAUGCAUCUGGUGAGAAUGGAAUGCUGUCGUUCAAGACACAUGCGCCGGUUCGCAUCAUGUCCAAAAGCGCCGGCAGCGAGCCCAAGCUGUGGGGCGUCGAGAUUAAUGGACGUCGCGGUUAUGCCAACAAGGACUACAUCAUGGAGAAGAAAAUUCUGAUUAAAGAUGGCGACCUUAAAUAUGAAGUGCCUGUGGUUUGGCCACCCAAACCACCAGCAGCAGCAGCAACGUCCGUCGCUCCAGCAGAUACACCCGCCGCUCCAGCAGCAGCAGCCGUCGCUCCAGAAGCAGUUCCCAUUGCCAGUAAGGCACAGGCAGAACAGAAGCCACAGCAGUCGUUGGAACAAGUGCAUCCGGUGCAGCCAGUGCUCAAUGCUUCCGAAACAAGUGAAGAUAUAGCAACAACAACCACUUCACCGCUGGACACGCUUAAGCUGGCCAUUCUGACGGAGCAGGAGCAGAGCACCAGCGGCAGCAAUGAAGUGCCUUCACCCAUAACCCCUGUGCAGCCCAACUUACUACUGGUUGAUGGCACGGAACUACCGCUGGAGGCUGUGCCCGCUCUAACGGAACGAAGUCAGAAUGCUUCGCAUGCGGACGAAAUCAAAACGGCAACCAAGAGCAACAAUGCUGAGUUGGCAGAGGACCUCACGACAAGCGACGACGAAUUCGAUUACGAGGACGACGAAGAGAGUUUGAACGACGACGAAGACAACGACAACGAGGCGACGCUGGACAGCAAAUUCAACGACAAGCAAUACGACUCGAAUGCACAGAGCAAAGCAACUGAUGAGGCAACUGCAACGGCAACAACUCCAGCUGCAAUUACAGCGAGAGCUGACCUACCAAAGGGAGUAAAUGAAGCUGAUUCGCAGCCGCAAGGUAACCAAGCGCAGCCAGAAAUAUCUGCCAAGCCAAUCGACGCUCCGUUGCUUGUAGAAACGCGCAACGUGAACGCAGUUCUCGAAGAUGAGCCGCUGCAGACAGAGUCACAAGCUAAAGCAGCCGAAGAGUUGAGACAGAAAGAAAAAAUAAUGGAAAUACAAUCUGCAUCAGAAGCCAAUAAAAUUGAUAAUAAUAUUAAUUUAUUUAACAUUGAGCCGAAACUUCAGACGAUGUCCCGGCAAAUCACUGAACCAAACACUCAGGAAAAAGUCGCCGCUGCUGCCUUACCUAGCCAAACAGAACCUGUAACUGAAGCAACAAUUGAGCAGAAGAUUGAAAUAGCCGAGCAAUUGGAAGAUGCAGCAAAAGUAAAUAGCAGCAACAUAUUGGUGGAAGGAGAAAUCAAUGCGGAACAGCUGCGAGAGCCACAACCAGAGGCCAAACCAGCUCAAACAAGUGGGAAAGAAGACGUUAAGGUGGAUGUCGAAGUAGCCACUGCACCAAAAGUUGAAGAUGCCAUUGCGCCCAAUGAAGCACCUCAGCAGCAAGGGAAAAUCGAUGCAGAAGCAGCACAGCCAAAGACAGAAGAGAUUGUGACUCCUGCAGUGCCACAAGCAGCCGAAUUGGUGGGCAGCUCAACGGCCGGCUCCACUGUGGAGCCAACGGUGGCGCCCAUUUUGCCAUCAUUAUUCAACCAGCAGCAUUUCAAUAACCCAAACGAAUACUACAAACAGCUGCUAGAACAGCAAAAGCAACAGCCACAGGAACAGCAACAGCAGCUACCACAGGGACAGCAACAGCAACAACCACAGGAACAGCAACAGCUGCAACCACAGGGACAGCAACAGCAACAACCACAGGAACAGCAACAGCAGCAACAGCAGCAACCACAGGGACAGCAACAACAACAACCACAGCAGAAGGAGGUAGAAGAUCAGCAGGACAACAAACAAAAGGAACAGGAAAAGCUACAGCAACAACUGCAGAACGAAGAGCAACUGCGGCAGCAGAAACAGGAGGAAGAGGAGUAUGAGAAAUUGAAACAAAAGGAGGAAGAAGAACGACAAAGGGAGGAAGCACAGCGCCAACAGAAGUUAAAAGAGCAGCAGGAGGAGGAAGAGAAGCUGCGACUGCAGGUAGAGGAACAGCGAAAAGAACAGUUGCGAGAGCAAGAGCAAAGGCGACAACAGUUGCAGCAGGAGCGAGAACAGCAACAGCGAGAACUGCAGGAGGAGCUGAAACGUCAGCGCGAGAAGCAAAAGCAACAGCAAGAGGAGCACGUACAGCACACCACGCCGUCUGCAAGCGCAUUCGAUAAUCCCUAUGAUGCAGUGUACCAGGCGGAGCCAACUGCAGCGCCGGCAGCUGCAACUGGUUCGGUGGAGCCAAUUGGCCUGCCGGCAGUGCCCGCCGAGACCCCCAAAGAAGAGGCUGCAUCCGGCCUGGGAUUAUUUGGCACCAUUAUGAACACUGUCAACUCAUUUAUAUCCAACGAACAUCACAAGGAACCCAAGACAGAGCCGCUAACGGGCAGCGAUGAACUGCAUCGCUUGCUUUAUCCAGAUGCGCCAAAUUCAAAGGAAGAUUCCUUCUCUGAGGGCUACUGCACGCGUCCCUCGGAUUCCAACUGUCAUGCCUCCAUUACCCUGGACAACUUUGUGGAGGUGUUGGCCGCGAAAGUGCUGGACCACAGCCUGUUGCUGCUCUGUGUGGUCAUCGCGGCUGCCUCGUCGCUGUUCUUCCUGUUCACGUACUAUUGUUUCUGCAACAGCAGCCAGGAGGGUGCGCUGCUGUCCAAGCUGAAUCAUCUGGAGCGCAGUUUGUUGGCGGCACACAAGGAGAACCUCAUCAUAAAGCACGAUCUGAUGACAACGCGCACCAAACUGUCCAGCAUUGAGGAUAAUUCCUUUGGCUCAAAUGAUAUGGUCGCCGCCUUGAAGAAACAACUCGAAGCGGAACUCUAUGAGAAGGCGCAGCUGCAGGAGCAGGUUAGCUCCCUGGAGAAGGAUUUGGAUAAUGCAGCCGAAGCUGGCUUGGAGCUGAAUAAAAUGCUGUCCGAAGUUUUGAAUAGCCAAAAUGGUGACGAGGCUUUCAUGAACACCGUCGACGAGCUGCAGCGACAGCUUAACGAUCAAGAAAAGAUCAUCAUUGACAUCAAUGCCAGGUUGGCGGAGAAGAGUCGCGAGAAUAGCGAACUACAAUAUUCGUAUACGGAAUCCACGACGCGCUUGAACAGCGAAAUGAAGUCGCUGCAGCAGGAUAACUACGAACUGGAAAUGGAGAAGUCCAAGCUGCAGACGCGUCUUGACGAAAUCCAAGUGGAAUCCCAACUGGAGCUCUCCAAGGCUUUGGAGGCGCGUAACUUUGAAAUGCAACGGCUGCAGAAACAGAUUAUGGAACUGAAUGCCAAAUACGAUAAGGAGCAUAGUGAACUGCAGACGAGCCUGGCCAAAAUCGAGGCGCUGGAAGAGUGCUUGAAGACGAUCAAGAAGGAUGGCAACGCCAAUGUCAAGGAACUAAUAUCGACGGCCAAAUUGCGUGGCGAACUCAAUGCGUUGCAGCAAAAGUUCAAAGCGUUACAAACCAAACUGGAGCAGGAGAUGGAGAACAAGGCGCGGCUCGAGAGCCAGCUGCAGGCAUCCAGCGCAGACGUGGAGCAGCUCAAACAGGACUUCAAUCAGUCCGAACGCGAUAAGCUGGAGGCGCAAACACGCCUCGAAGUGCUCUCCGGCUAUUUCCGUGAGAAGGAAACACAGCUGCAAAAAGAGCUGAGCUUGCAGGAGUCCAAGUGGCUGCAGCACCAGGGCGAAAAUGCCAGCACUGUGGAGACGCUAACGCUGAUGAAGAACGAAAUUCAGCUGUUGAAAUCUCAAAACGAUGAGCUGCGCGCCGAGAUUGAGGCGCAGAUUGCCUCCCACAAGGCGCAGAUGGGCACGCUGGAGAAUCGUGCACACGAAUCGUGGCUGGCGGCGCGUCAGGCCGAUCGGCGACGGGAGGAGGCGCAGGCUGAAGCCGCCGGCUAUCGGCGUCAGAUGACAGCCAUGGCCAGCGGAGUGGGCGAUGUGUCGGCGGAUGUAUUGGCCACCAAUGGCGGACUGGGCGCGCCGGAGCAGGCAAACGCUCCAUCGCCAGUGCCAUUACCGCUGCCCUUGCCGGGCUCGCCGGGGCUGCUCAACAUGCCCAACCCACUGCCAUUCCUGCCGGCGCCCUUCUCGCCGUUCAUGGGGCUGCCGCCAUUCUUGCCACCACCAGUGGUUGCUGGCGGUGCACGGCCACCGCCGCUCGGCCGCAUGCGCUCGCCGCCGCCGACCUCAUCGUCGCGCGAUCGCUAUUCGCCGCAACGCGACGACCGGGACGACUACAGCGAUGAUGAUGACUACUACGACGAUGAUGAUGAUGAGCACGGCACGGAUCGCCAGAGGCGACACAGCGGCAGCUGGGGCCGCCCACGCCGCGACUCGUACAGGCACUCGCCGCGCACGUUUCGCUCACUGUCGCCAUCAGACAGUCGCUACAAUUACAAUGAGACGGAAACAGACUUUAGUCCGCCGCCCAGCCCGACUCCCCCGCGCAAGAACAGCUCACGCACCGUCAGCGAAGUUUGAAGCAUUGAGGCGGCCCCGUGUACUUCACGAGUAGUGGACAAACGUAUCCUAACCGAGUAGUUGCAGAAACUCAAAACUAGUUCAAAUCUAUGUAUAUUUAUUAUCGAUCAUCGGAUUAACUACGAUUUAGGGGGACUCACAUACUUAUACACAAAAACACACACACACACUCACACGAUUCCCACAUUACGAAUCUGAGACAUUUUCAAAUUAAACAUCAAAUCAAUGGCUCAAUGAGAAAAAUGAU